UCUUUCACAACUGUCCAAUCACUGAGCUUGAACGACUUGGUUGUUGGUGGUGACGCUGGAAAAUAUUUUUGUUGCUGCUGGAAGGCGAGACGCCUGAGUUGGGAGGAUUAAUGGGGAUUGCAUGACCUAGAAUUCGCCGACGCGUUAGUGUUUUCUCCUUUUUCUUACCGAUCGUUAACGUUGAGUGAAAUCUACACGUUUCGCGUCGACGAUGUCGGUGAACAUGGAUGAGCUCCGGCACCAAGUGAUGAUCAACCAGUUUGUUUUGACCGCUGGUUGUGCCGCUGAUCAAGCAAAGCAGCUCCUCCAAGCAGCUCACUGGCAGUUCGAGACUGCUCUAAGCUCCUUUUUUCAAGAAGCCAAUGUCCCCAGUCAUCACCACCAGAUGAUGUGCACACCGCGAAAUACACCAGCCACCCCACCCAACUUCCCAGACGCCAUCACCAUGUUCUCCAAACUGCGGGCAUCUGAAUGCAGCGGUGGCAGCGGAAGCACUUCGACGGCGGGACCCACGGCCUGCUCCCCACCGCCCUCAUCCUUCUGGGCCUCCUCCCCGCCCAGCCACCAGCCUGUCUGGCUGCCCCCCUCAUCCCCCACGGGUCAUCACCUACACCAUCACCACCACCUGCACCAGACCCACAUGUGGCCACCCGUGUCCCAGCCUGGCAAGACCCAGCAGACGCCCUUUGUGUCUGCGCUGCAUGGCCAGAGAUGAGAUGAGGAAUUCAUGAGGGGAUAUAGGGGUUGAAGUAUCAGCAAAAGCAGAUGGUGACGAGUGACAGAGACCCGUAGUUUUUUCCAUUUCUUGAAAAAAAAGAUCUUUAUUAAAAAUGUCGUUUGCUACAUUUUUGUCAGUAAUUUAGGUACAAAUAUCCAAAUCUGGGGAGAGACCACUACUAAUAUAAAUCCGAAAAUGUCUGAAGUGUCUUUGAAGCAGGCCUCCUAGUGCCUACUUUCUGGCAUAGAUCACUUUGGGAGGAAAGGCAGUUGCCACAGCAAUGCAAACAAGCCUGUGACUAAGCACUGGAAACAUUUGCAAGACUCUGAAGGAUUUAGGGCAGGGAGGCUAUAUCCAUAUGGCCUGACCUGCCUCUGCCUGAUGGGGGGAAAAAAGGACCCCUUGUGUUCGGGACCCCAAGUGUAAUAAGACCCUGCUGUUGCUUCAGCUGCAGCAUUUGUAGGACUGGCAACGAAAAAAAAGUGACCCUGGAGGCUGCUGAAGGAGCCUUUGUGCUUGGUUUGUGUUGAAGGAGAACAAUGUGGACCUUGGGGAACAUGAAGCCUUCAAAUCGGAUCAUUGACCCAGCCUGUUACCUUUGGGUUCAGUUUUUCUUCUUCAUGAAGUAAAGUUGUUUUGCUUGGUUUAAGAACAAAUCUAUGGAUUUAGUGUUUUUUUUUUUUUGUGUGUGAACAUUUCUGCUGAGCUCAAAAAUAAUGGAACAAAGGAAUUUGACAACAGCCCAGCGUGAUUCACUAAAAGGUCCUAGCGGACACGUCAGGAUUGGUUGUAGUCCUGUCACUGGUUUUUGUUGACAUCUAACAGUCUGAGAUUGCUUUUUUUUUUUUUUUUCUUUCAAUCUGUUUUUAUGGGAAAGUUUUGAUGAAUCCCGUGUGUGACCACAAAAGGAAGCAGUAUACUGAUUGUUGAAUGCAUUGUUUUUAUGUUACCUGCACAGACUUUUGAGAAUAAUUUCACAAAUGGCUAGUGAUUGUCUUGGGGCGCCUUUCCACCGCACCAGUACCAUACUAAGUAAUAAUGUCAGCCUGGAUGAUAUGCGAUAUUAAUGCCAACAUUGCAUGUUAUGCACGUGCAAUUCUUACAUCGUUAGUCGGCAAGAUUAAGAUGUGACUUUUUCUUACCUUCAAUUCCGUAUGCACAUUUUAGCACAGGGAAUUUUGUUUCACUAAAACAUUUUUACUCUGUCAGAGGAAAAAAAAACUUAGCAAGUUUUGCAGUUUUAAUAAUUUUUCCUUUUUAAGAUUAUCUAGUAUGUUUAAGAAAUCAGUUUAAAGUUGACCUCCGCUGCUUUUGCAUGAGCACUGCAUGCAUUCUCCGAGACAAUCAGUCAUUUUCAUCCUUACUGUUUAAAUCAUUCCCGGACAGCAUUGUGAGAAAUUUAUGUUGAACUCGUUUUUUGCUUUAUAAAUACCAAUACAAAUAUCUCUUACAACAAAAUUACAUGGCAAUAUUUGGAUAUAUUUUUUAUUUCUCGUCAUGCCAUCCUGAUUUUUGUUGUAUCUGAUUUUCCAACCAAAUCACAAUUAAAGCUUGGGUCUCUUCAUUUGUCCUCACAUCCAUCAUUACUUUUUUUGACGUUAUUUUCUGAGUUUGUAACUUGACGGUGGUUGUAUUGUGUUUCGAGGCAGGGUAUUUGCAUAACCAGUCAACAAAGAAAGUGUUUGCAAGUACCAAAGAAGUACUCCAGUUGGUUUGGUACUUUAGGUACCACAAUUGUUGGUACUGGUACUUGACCGGAAGUUAAUGGAAAAGGGAAAGUACCAAAAGUAUGGUACCUGGUGCAGUGGAAAGGCGCGUUUGGCCUCUCACUAUGGAUGCUGGGAAAACUGAAGUAAUUAGUUGAUACUGGUCUAUAGAUCACAUUGGAAGGUUAACAAUGCAGUCAAUACAAGCACUCCUGAGUUUACCUCUUCUUGGUGGGAGCAUUUUUCAUGCAUUGAAUGUCCUGGUGAAAAUGGGCACUUGGCAAAGUGUAGAGUUGUGUUGAGCACAAAGUCAGUUGGAUGUUUUUAAUUCAUGUGCAUCUUUGUCCACUUUCUCUAGUGGGUCAUAGCAGCCAUUCAACCACUUUUGCUGAGUUCUGUGGCUUUUUACUGACAGAAGAAA